GCAUGAAAAUUAGAAUAUUAUUAUACUUGAUUAUAGUUUUCAUAGUCUGCUGUCUGGUAGGUACCUACUAGCAUUAGUAAAUUACUUUUACUCACAUAAGAAUAUAUAAAUUUUGUAGUGUGUAAUGUGUUAAACAACUACUGUGUAUUUAGUGUGUACAGUUUUAUUUGAAUUUUUAUAAAAUUAAAUUCUCUCUUUUCAAAAUGAGCAGCAAAGUGGUAAAUGAGAGUAGUAUGUUCUAUAUUGAUUUUUGUCCAAACUGUUCAAACAUUCUUCAUUUGGACGAGUAUAUGGGCGAGAUGAGACAAAAAUGUCAAGUAUGCCCAUACUUCUCAGCAAUCAAAAACAUCAUGCUUGCUUCCCGAUCGUUUUACAAACUAAAAGAAAUAGAUUCAGUUUUAGGAGGCAAAGCAGCGUGGGAAAAUGUAGAUUCAAUUGAUGUAGUUUGUAAUACAUGUAAUCAUGGCAGAGCAUACUUUUUACAAGUUCAAACUAGAUCAGCAGAUGAACCUAUGACUGUUUUCUAUAAAUGCUGCAACUGUGGACAUAGAUGGCGAGAAUAAUUGACAAAAUAAUAUACAUAUUAUUACUUUUUUUAUAAUUUAGAUUUAAGAAAAAUACUUAAUUAAUAUAUGUUAUAAUAUAUUAAAAUAAAUAACAAAGAGUUCAUAAUUUUAAAAUCAAA